CACUUUCUGCAUCUUUUUCUACUCAUCAGAUUUUGUAGAAACAAAAAACAGAGAAAAGCCCCCCAUAAAACUGAAAAAGCUUUCGUUCUCUCCUCAAUUAGCACCUUCAGUUUUGUUUAUUUUCUAUCAAAGAUCAGGUGCCAUGGAAUAUCAAGGAGAUUCAAGGGAUGACUCACCUCAGAGGAAAAUGGGUAGGGGAAAGAUCGAGAUCAAGCGGAUCGAAAACACAACAAAUCGCCAAGUUACUUUCUGCAAAAGAAGAAAUGGCUUGCUCAAGAAAGCUUACGAAUUGUCUGUUCUUUGUGAUGCUGAAGUUGCUCUUAUUGUCUUCUCUAGCCGCGGCCGCCUCUAUGAGUAUGCUAACAAUAGCGUUAGAUCUACGAUUGACAGGUACAAAAAGGUAUCCACAGAUUCAUCCACUACUGGGUCUGUUUCUGAAGCUAAUGCUCAGUUCUAUCAACAAGAAGCUGCCAAGCUACGUGUGCAAAUUGGCAAUUUGCAGAAUUCAAACAGGCAUAUGCUGGGUGAGUCUCUGGGAGCCUUGAAUUUGAAAGACCUUAAGGGCUUGGAGGGACGACUAGAGAAAGGAAUUAGCAGAAUUCGAUCCAAAAAGAACGAGCUAUUGUUUGCUGAAAUUGAAUAUAUGCAGAAAAGGGAAAUUGAUUUGCACAACAAUAAUCAGCUUCUUCGAGCCAAGAUUGCUGAGAAUGAGAGGAAGCAGAACAUGAAUUUGAUGCCAGGAGGCGGGAACUAUGAGAUAAUGCAAUCUCAGCCAUUUGAUAAUAGGAACUAUUUUCAAGUGAAUGCAUUACAAUCCACCAAUCAUUACCCACACCAAGAUCAGAUGGCCCUUCAGUUAGUUUAAUAUGAUCCGCGGGCAUCAAUUUCUAGCCUUUUCUUUUGAUCUUCUGUGGAAGGGGUAUCAUCAGGUAUCUCACCUACUGGAAAGCUGAAAAGUAAUUCUGAAAAUCUUGCAGCAGUGAAAUCAAAACCUGAGCAGUAAUCCUACCAUGCAUAUUUUACUAAUAUGUAAUCCAGCUUAAGACUUGAUAAUAUAUGUAUACAUAAGGAUUGUUGUAAGAGAAGGAUUUUCUUUUCUGCUAAAUGUUCUAAAACUUGUUAGAUUCUGUGACUAAUUUCAUUUUCUUCUUCUUCUUGAA